AUGGCGCAUCUACUCUUCUUUACGGUCUUGAAUCUGUUUCUGUCUCUUCUAUCAUCCAUGGUCACAGGAGCAGCUGCCUCUGCUACGCGAUCCACGACCCAUUCGAGAAAUAUAGACUUUGACGCGGCUGGAUGGCAUCCGUCCAUAGCAGAACGAGAUGAUGCCCCGAAAGUCCCGUUACGAAUCCUCCCUCUGGGCGCAUCAAUCACCUGGGGAUACCUAUCCUCAACCGGAAAUGGAUAUCGCAAGCCUCUACGUGACAAACUCCGCUUCGAAGGCUGGGAAGUCGACAUGGUCGGCAGUAAAUCCAACGGUGACAUGAGAGACAAUGACGUAGAAGCCCACAGCGGCGACGUGAUAACCCAAGUCCACACAGCUGCCACCAACUCUCUCGUCUACAAACCGAACGUUGUGCUCAUCAACGCCGGCACCAACGACUGCGAUCGCAACAUCGACCCAGCGAACGCGGGCGCGCGCAUGCGAUCCUUAAUCGAAACCCUCAUCCAUGCCCCCGAUAUGGCCCGCACGCUGAUCGUCCUGUCAACCCUGAUUCCCUCCGGUUCCACAUCCGUCGAAGCCAACAGGCCCUCUGUCAAUGCACAAUACCGAGCACUGGUCUCGAACAUGCGAGCCGGGCAGAAUGUCUCCAUCGUGCUGGCAGAUAUGGAUCCCCCGGCCCCGAGUCCCGGGAAUAACUGGAUCAAGUACCCCGAUAGCUACGCCGAUAACAAGCACCCCAAUGACUACGGGUACUCCCAGAUGGCGGACAUCUGGUACAAUGCGAUCUACGACGCCGCGAAAGCGGGACUCAUCGUCGAGCCGGCGGACCUCAGUAUCUCACCCCCGGGGACCUGCGAUAAGGAGUACGGGAGCGGAGUCUACGCGGGCGGGUUCACGCAGCAAGGGACUGGUGAAGAUGACGGGAUCUAUCGACACGACAGCGAGUAUAGCGGGGCAUUGUUCAGUGUGCGCGCCGGAAAGGGAGCCCUCGAUCCCUACCGAGAUGAUGACGAGCUGUUCUUUUUCUUCGGCAGGCUUUAUACGAGGGAGUAUGAUGACUUGAUCAUCUUCCAGAAGGAUACUGAAUCUGGGGCGGUAACGUUUGUUCCUUACACGAAUCAUGUUCACACUGAAAAGAAGGAGUUUACCAAGGGGGGUUCAUUCUCGACUCAUAAUAACUGUAACCCUGGAGGUGUGCAUUUUAUUGAUGUGAAUGGUGACGGGCUUGACGAUUACAUCUGCAUUGCCUUGGAUGGGACUACCUACGCAAGCAUCAACAAUGGAGACGGGGAUGCUGGCAGGAACAAGCCUCCAUCCUUCACCGAUAUCGGACUCUGGAAGAGUUCGGAAGGACACGAUCAGGCGCAUGUGCGUCUUGCUGACAUCGACGGCGAUGGCCGCGCCGACUACUGUGUGUUGGCGGAUAACGGCGACAUCACAUGCUGGCGGAACGGAUGGAUCGAAGACGUCCCGGCAUACUGGCAGCCGCUGGGCAAGCGCUUCACCGGCAAAGGCAUGGGUGACCCCCGCGGCGUGCGGUUCGAAGAUAUAAACGGCGAUGGGCGCGACGACUGGAUGUGGGUUGACGAUGAUGGCGCGACAACAACCUACACAAACUCCCGGAGCUGCAUCAAAGGAGAGGUUGGUGACGGAUUGAACGUCGUCUGGCGCCAGGGGUUCUACCAAGAUGCGAAUUCUGGCCCGACACAUCCCGGGAUGGGAGGGUUAUUCGGGACAUCCGGAUUACGGGAUCAGGUGUACUUUGCUAGGAUAUAUGGAGAGGCGGCGGAUUUUGGAGAGCUCGGGAGACAGGACUAUGUGUUCAUCGAGAAGGAUACUUCUGACAAAAAUCUUGGGCCGAUGUAUCGCAUUCAUGUGUGGAAGAGCAAGGGGGCGGGAGGGGCUAAGAUCAAAGCCGACGGAGACAGGUAUUGUAAUAUGAUGGGCCACAACAACGGGAUGAUGGACUACGUGUGGAUCCAUUCAACCGGCCGUAUGCGCCUCUAUCCGAAUCGCGGCCUGGUUGAAGUACCCACGGACGGGUCAAGCUUCUGGGGAGGCAAUCAGAUCAUCUUCGACCCGACCAAGGAGCAAAUUGGCACCAAACUUGACCGGCGCGAUCUGCAUCUCGCGGACUGGGAUGGCGACGGAGCCUGCGAUAUCAUUUGGACCGACCCCGACAAUCAGAACAAGGUCCAAGUGUGGCGGAACAUGAUCAAAGAAACCGGGCGGUUUAACUGGGAGUACCAUAGUAGUGCCGCAACCCAGCUCUACUGCCCCGAGCACCGAGGCCUUGGUUUCUUUGACCGUCCGGUCCAUUUUGCGGACGUUUCUGGGAACGGCAAGGCCGAUUACCUGUGCGUUGAGAAGGACGGCCGCACCUGGGGCUGGGUUAAUGGGGACGAUGGAUGGGAGUACAUUGAUCAAUUCAAGUCCUCCGAGCAGAAGGACAGGGCCAAUCUCCACUGGGCCGACGUGAACGGCGACGGAAAGGCAGACAUGAUCUGGACCGACAAGUUCUCGGGAGACGGGUCGGUCUGGUAUAACCUUGGCCGCCGGGAUAUCAAGGGAUCCCGAUACGAAUGGGGACCGCAAGGCCCCAGGUACCAAGGGGCUGUGGAAGGCUCGUGCACUUAUUUCCCUGAUCUCGACGGGGAUGGCCGUGCCGACAUGCAUAGCAUUUGGGAUUCCAUCAACAACACCGCGCAGACAUGGUACAACCAAUGUGCCAUCAAAGAUCACACAGGCGAUGACGGCCCAAUCACUGACCCCAAUCUACCUGUAUCUCCUGCCAGCAUCGACGUCGUCCCUCACUAG